AUGAUUAAGAGAUUCAAGAAACUAUUUUAGGUUCAAAGUGAGUUCCAAUAAUUUCUUACAAAAUCUAGUUUAACAAAAGAUAAUUUUGUAUACAAACAAGAAGAUGUAGAAAUUUUAGUGCCAUUCUUAACUGAUGAUUAAAAUAUAAUCGAAUUUUUUUAGGUGUAUUAAGAAGAUAACUGUCAACUUUAUACAAUAAAAAUGAAAAUGCUUAUAACAAUUCAUUAGGUGCUCAAUAUAAGUGAUGAAUUUGCCUCAUAAUUCAUUAAAAUAAAUUUUGCAUAUUUUAAUAAGUAUGAAUGAUUUAAUAGUAGCAGACCUUCACAAAAACCAGAUACAUUUGUUUUUAAGUAAGUGACAAAUGAAGUAUGGUUACUGGAAAAUCUUUAGAUACCAUUUCUUUAAUAUUUGUAAAAAUUGGCAUUGAAUGUAUAAGAAAUAAAGAGUUAUAGAAAUCAUCAAUUUAGAAAACCAAUACAUUAAUCAAAGUAUUAUGUCUUAAGUUAUUUAAGUCUUGUAGUUGAAUGUUUUAAAUUAGAAAACUUAGUUAAUUAAGGUUUAUCUCUUGUGCCCUAACUGAAAACGUCCUUAUCAAAUUUUCCACAUGAUUUUCUCUUGAAGAAAUUGGCUUGCAAUCUUUAUAGUGAAUUGAGACAAUUUCAAAGAUAAUUGAUUAAUUCUCUUUCUGCUUUAUUGGAUACCAACUCUAGGGCCUCAAAUAUUGAGAUAUUUGAGUUCUUCAGAGAAGUAAGAUCUCUCUCUCACAAUUCACAUAGGUGUAAAUGAUAGAGAAGAAGACCAUGUCAUAUUAUAUGUUACAUAAGUUAUUUGAUCCUGGAAGAAAAUUAAUGCCUCCUUUGUAAUUGAAGAUUGAUCUAAAAAGUGCAAAGCAUCUUGAGUAGUAAGCUUUAAAUGAACAAUUAAAGAUUAAUUAGCAAAAGUAAAUGAGAAGUCAAAGGAAUUCCAGAUCAAAUAGUUUAGAUUAAUAAUAAAGAGUGUCUUAAGGUUUUAUUAGUUAAAGAGAACGCCGUUUUAUGAUGUAUAGUAGAGCAAAGAAACAAGACACAAUUUAAGAAGAUAUUGAAAUGCCAACAGAGGAAUAAUAGCCAUCAGAGAAGAAAAUAAUACCUAUUGAUAAUUAAGCCAAUGAUAUUAUUCCAAAACAAUUUGAUCAAGUGGAUAAAAAUAAUAAUAGCUAGAUUUUAAAAAAAGAAAGUAAUAAUGAGAGUGAAAUUAAUGAGAUAAAUAGUUAAAAAGAAACUAAUGAUAUUGUUAAAAAUUAAGAAAGCACUAGUUAAGCAGAUUAAGAUGAAAAUUGA